UACCCUGGACUCAAACGACAGGUCGUGAGUGUCCCUUGUCAGACUUGAAUAGCAUGUUUAAUCUAAUCUCACAUUCCCUGUUGUACAUGGGAGAUUCACAGUUCUUCUGACCUUGACGUGACAUGUGUUGUUUAACCAGUCCAAAUGGUCACAUACACAAUUAAUUUUCCCAUCUAAGUAAUUACUGAAAGAAAUCACCUAUAUAAACUAAUUUUUGGGCGGUCUAAAAAAUUUAAUUUUUGCCGAAAAAUGGCAGACAAUAAGCCAGCAUUAACGGAUGCAGAAAUUGCUCAAAUUUGUAAAUCUAAGGAUCCAGCUACAAGUGAUUUUCUUUUCCAGCAAACCAUGUACCGCAUAAAGGACCCCAGAAAAUCACUUGAGUUUUACACCAAAGUUUUGGGCAUGACCUUGUUGAAAAAGUUAGAUUUUCCAGGGGCAAAAUUUUCUCUUUUCUUCAUGGGCUUCGAAGCUGAAAGCGAUGUUCCAACGAAUGACCAAGAACGCACGGUCUGGGCCAUGUCCAGGAAAGCGACUUUGGAGCUAACGCAUAAUUGGGGGACAGAGAGCGAUCCGGACCAGUCGUAUAAAAUUGGGAACGCUGAUGGCAUUGGAUAUGGUCACAUCGGCAUCUUGGUUCCAGACGUGUACGCCGCAUGCAAACGGUUUGAGGAGCUCGGGGUGGAAUUUGUCAAGCGUCCUGAUGACGGACGAAUGAAAGGUUUGGCGUUCAUCAAGGAUCCGGAUGGCUACUGGAUUGAAAUAUUUUCCACAAAGACGGUUGCUGCAAAUACAUAACGUUUCUCGGUUCAGAGUCAAGUGCAAAAACCUUCAUUCAGAGUUAUAUGAAACGUACAUAUAUACUUCGCACGAUAUUAUAUUAUCUAAAUUGUUCUACUCAAUAUGCUAAUAAAUAAAUUGCUUGCAAUUUAAAUA